UGGGCCACCGACAACAACCAAGCCCCGAAAAGUGGCCAACUAUAAAUGGCUAUGUUGUUGUCAAAAUGCUGCCACAAAUUUGACGAGAGUGCAACGCGAUGGAGCUGCCAGUGGGAAAGUUACUCGGAGUGCUGCGACAGCUGAGGAUGCAAGUGUUGCUGGUGCAGUUCAUGUUGCUCGUGUCGCCGGCGACGCUGCAACACCAGCAGCACUUGUUCUACCACCCCAGGCAGUUGUACGGCGAUGCACCGCGUCUCAGGAGAUUCGAGUACGCCACGCCCCUUGUGGGUGGCUACAGUCCAGUUGCAGCCGCUCCCCCGCCCAUCCACUUCCAACAGCAGACGCCCCACUUCCAGCUGGUCAACUACCGACCCACCUACCAGCCCCUGGCCUUGGAGUACCAGCAGCAGCAGCUGCCCGCCCCAGCCCCGCCCCUUCCGCCCCUCUAUCCGCAGCAGAGUGUCCAGUACCAGCAGAGGACCAUAGCUCCGCAUGCCGAGUUGGCCAAGUAUCGCUACGAGGGGAACUACCUGCCGGUGCAGAGGGUCUCCCUGCCGCACCCCCAACCUCAACGCCGCGCCGAGGAGCAGCAGCAAUUGCAGCAGCAGCACUUGCAAGAGCAACAGCAGCAGCAGCAGCAGCAGCUCUACAAUGUGCCACCAGCUCUCUUCACCAGCGAUGUGCUGCAUGUGAUUCCCCCUCGCAUUGCCAGACUGCAGGAACAGCAGCAGCAACCCUCGCAGAAUGUGCAGACCGAAAGACCCAGGAGGUUUGCCAAGGAUCUGGACACGGAUGUGGCCGAAACCAAGGAAACCAAAUACUUUCAUGACAUUUUCAUGCGCUUCGAUGGUCCCACCUCCCGGAGUCAUGGCCACGUCCUCAAGCACCCAAGGGCGCAGGAAAAACGCUUCGAGUCCCAAAGAGGCACGAACCGCUACAAGGGCGAGGUGAUUUGGACAGAUCGUCAAGGAGGCCGCGGCGAGCACCGCUGGGACUUGGCGCAAGGAAAACUCUAGGACCAGACCUUGAUUUGCAUACCCCUCCGCUGCCUUUCCUUCCCCCACUCUCUGUACAUACC